AUGGCCGACAUUGAGGUUCGAAUGUUGUGUGCUGACGACGAAGACCGGGUGCGCCAGUUCGUGUGUAUCGAGUUCAUCGACAAAGAGCCGCUCAGCAAGAGCCUCAAUAUGACCGGAAGUGAGGACGGAGUGUUGUGGUUCGACGUCGCCUUUCCAGUCUGUCUGAAGGACAGAUUGUCUGUUCUGGCUAUCGAUUCGUCAACCGGGGAAAUCGUCGGCCUUCGGUUUGCAGCCAUAGUGUACAAAGAUAAACCAGACGCGUAUAAUUUUUCCAAAGACGACCCUAAGAUGAGAAAACUUGCCCUAAAUUACGAGAUUACUGACAAGCUAUACGAAGGGCUAAAUCUGUUCGCUAAAUACAACGUUGACACACUGGUGAAUUUCAGAGGCAUUUGUGUUGCAGAGAAAUACCAGAGUCAAGGAAUCGGGACAAAAAUGGUGGCCAAAACGCUCCAGCUCAUUCAAGAGCGGAAUUUCCGAUUGGUAACGGCAGAGUCGAGCGGUCGAUUUUCCUCUCGAAUAUUUGAAAAGUUUGGAUUUGAAAAACUUGUACACCACGAUUAUAACUCAUUAUUCUUAGACGGAGAACCGUUGAACAUGACAGACGAAUUAAGGUUUCAUCAAGGAAUUUCCCUGCAUGUAAAGAUUAUGUAA